AACCCCGCUGCAGCCUCCUAGCCCUCAGCCUGUCCCGCCGGCCGUGUCACCCCACCGGGCUCUUCCCGUGACUCUGCGCCGGCUGCUUUUUGCUGUGAUGCUCUAGACCCAGGACUCUAGAUCCCUAAUUUCUGCGUAGGGACAAGACGGGGCUGUGGAUGCUCUGACUCCCUGCUCGCCCCGCGUGGGUGCCCAGGCGCGGCAGGAUGCGGCGCCGGCUGCAGACGCUCGUCCAAAGGAAAUUUAAAGUUGUCCUCCUCCUCCUUCUGCUCUUGGCCCUCCUGCUGCACCUGGCGAUGGAUUUAGCUCUCCCCACGGCUCGCAGGCUCUGGAGCUGUGAUGGGAAAGCACCGAAAGCCUCGGGUGCCGUGUCAGGCAGCCCCUUGCUGGCUGGCCCCAAAAAGCUGAGCCUGCGGAUCCUCCAGGACUUCAGCGGCAGCAAUGGCUCCUUGGAGAAAAGCUCCCACCCUCAGGCAGCGGGAGUAAAGGAUCCAGGGGCCCAGCACCAGCGUGGAAACGUGAAUCAGGCACGGACCAAGGGAUCCAAGCUGGCCGCGCUGUUUGAGCAUCCCCUUUAUAACAUCCCCAUGCCGGAGGUGAUGGACAAAGACAAGCUGUUCGUCGUCAACCCCAUGGAGAAGUUCAGCCUGCAAAGCAGCGGGAGCGACGAAUGGGUCAGCAGCAGUAAAGCCGAGACGAUCCUCCCGACAGGGAAGACGGCCUACGACACCUACCCUGCCUGGCUCAAAUUCCACGUCGGCAUCAACCGCUACGAGCUGUACCCCCGCCGGGACCCCCUGAUGCCCACCCUCCUCCGGGACCUGGCCACCAUGAGGAUCGUCAGCUCGGUGCAGAAGUCCGGUGGGACCCAGCUGAAGCUCAUCAUGACCUUCCCGAAUUACGGGCAGGCCCUCUUCAAGCCCAUGAAGCAGAGCCGGGACCAGGAGACCCCCGUCGACUUCUUCUACUUCUCGGACUUUGAGCGGCACAACGCAGAGAUCGCAGCCUUUCACCUGGACAGGAUCCUGGAUUUCCGGCGAAUCCCACCAGUUUCUGGCCGCUUGGUGAACAUAACGAAGGAGAUCCGGGACAUCACAACCGACAAGAAACUGGCCAAGACCUUCUUCAUCUCCCCAGGUGAGCUCUCACCUCUGCCCACCCUCUCUCCCGUGGCCGCCUGCUCCUGCUCUGGAGACCACCCAUUUGGGGACAGCUCCAUCUGCCACCACGUCCCCUGCCAUGGGGCUGUCCUCAAGGAGCAGGGUCACCUCACCACUGCUUUGUCUGCCCGCAGGUGGGAGCUGAACCCCAACUACUGCGCCCAGGUGCGCCAGACGCCGCCCUACGACAGGGGCCAUCGCCUGCUCGACCUCAUCGACAUGACGGUGCUUGACUUCCUCAUGGGCAACAUGGACCGGCACCACUACGAGACCUUCGAGAAAUUUGGGAACGACACCUUCCUGCUUCACCUGGACAACGGCCGCGGCUUCGGCACGCACUCGCACGACGAGAUGUCCAUCCUGGCCCCGCUCCAGCAGUGCUGCAGCAUCAAGAAGUCGACCUACCUGCGGCUGCAGCUGCUGGCCACCGAGCCCUACCGCCUGAGCGAGCUGCUGCGGGAGGCGCUGGCCGCCGACCCCCUGGCACCCAUCCUGGCCGAGCCCCACCUGCGGGCGCUGGACCGGCGCCUGGGCAAGGUGCUGGCGGCCGUGGGACGCUGCCUGGCCCGGGCGGCCCGGCCUGGGGAGGUGGUGGUGGACGACAUGGGGCCGUAGGAGUGAUACGGGGUAGGACGGAUGGGUUUUGUCCCACUGCAGGCACAGGGUGUGUGGCGUCGGGGUUUGGCAGCCCCGUACCCUGCGGUGUGGACGGGGGCAUUUGGGGUGGUGCGGUGGGCCAGCGCGCUGCGAGGAUCGCUGGGAGGGGUGGAUUAUUUAAAUAAAAAGGUUGGCCUAGUGGAGAAAACACAUAAAACACGUUCGGGAUCCUGGCCACCGGGGCUGUUUUUCCA